AUGAACAACGAGCAGCCUCGCCGUACCAGUUUCGGCAUGUUACUUCGACGCAGCAAAAGUGGCGAUCUGGGCAAAGGCGGUCGUAAGGCGCAGGCCCUUAGGGAGGCUGAGCUUGAACGACAGCGCCAGGCCUCGACGCGCAUUGCUCCUAAGCUGCCCGAAUUCGCCAACCAUUCGGAACAAUUAUCUAAAUCCUUUGGCCCCGAGUUGCGCCCCGAAUCACCAGCCAACGUUCCUCGAUCAGCAGAUUACACUGCUAUUCGGCCUUCAGCAGAAUACUCUCGGGGAUAUGGUGCUGCUGCGCAUGCUGCCGUCCCUGUCCCGCCGUUGCCCAACGGUGGUUUUGAUCCAUAUGCCAGAACAGAAAGCAUGACGAACCGUGGCCGCUACAGCUAUGCUAGUAGUGCUAUUAGCACGGUUAACAGUCCUCGUCGUGUUCGCAGACGAAAGGACCCGACGCCCUUGAACAUUCUAGUCAUUGGUACUCGUAACUCUGGAAAAACCUCCUUUCUCGAGUUUCUCAAAACAGCGCUCGCCCUUCCACCCAAGAAACGAGCCAAGAAAGGUGAUGACGAAGUGCCACAGAAUCGCAACACUCCCUCUGGAAACUUUAUUCCGCACUACCUUGAAACUGAGAUUGACGGGGAGCGUGUUGGCCUCACCAUCUGGGACUCAGAAGGCCUGGAGAAGAAUGUAGUCGACCUCCAACUUAGGGAAAUGUCUGCCUUUCUUGAAAGCAAGUUUGAGGAAACAUUUGCAGAGGAAAUGAAGGUUGUACGCUCUCCUGGUGUACAAGAUACCCACAUCCAUGCGACUUUCCUUGUCCUUGAUCCUUCUCGAUUGGAUCGCAACAUUGCAUCAGCGAGGAACCCAGCUAUCAAUGGUCAGCAUAACGGACAUCUUGGUGCGCGUGUGCUUGGGAGUCUGGAUGAAGACCUUGAUUUGCAGGUUCUGCGUACACUCCAAGGCAAGACUACUGUGAUCCCAGUCAUUGCCAAGGCCGAUACCAUCACCACUAAGCAUAUGAAUGUUCUCAAACGAAGCGUUUGGGACAGCAUCAAGAAAUCGGGCCUAGAUCCCUUGGAAGCACUCGGCCUCGAUGAUGAGGACGAGAGCAGCAUUACUUCCGAAAGGAUUGCCGAGGAAGAUGAGGAGGAAGAUGAGGCCGGACACGAACGUGGUGGUGCUCAAACACCUGAAAGCCAAGAAUUCCCACUGCAGGGCCAUCGAGAAAGCCCAGCGGCCUCGCCAAGCUCCAAGAGACUAUCCACCAGCUCCAUUCGACGACAUAAAGCACAAGAAGAGGCCAAAGAAAAGGAAGACGAGAUCCCUUUCUUGCCACUUUCCAUCAUCAGCCCGGAUCUUUACGAGCCAGGUGUCAUUGGCCGACAGUUCCCGUGGGGUUUUGCUGAUCCUUACAAUGAAGAACACUGUGACUUUCAACGUCUGAAAGAGGCUGUUUUCAGCGAAUGGCGUGCCGAGCUACGUGAAGCUAGUCGGGAACAGUGGUACGAGGGAUGGAGAACGAACCGACUCAAGCAGAGGGAUGUCCCCUAUCGUCAUCGAUGA